CAGUCAGACAGCAGCUCGAACCUCGAAAAGCAGGAGAGUCCAAAGCCGAAUGGACAACUGGCAACAAAUCAACAGAGCCACAGAGGAAAUGAAUCCGAUAGCCACCGCCGCCCUCACGCCAUCCUCAUUUUUCGCCUCAAACCGCCGCUUCGCCCCUCGCCUCCGCUCCGUCCUCCCCGCCGCUGCCAUGUCUUACGCCGCCGUAUCCGCCUCCGCCCCAAGCCCCAGCUCCGGCACUGGGGAACAGGUGAAGGCGGCCCCGCUCCCGCACUCGACCCUCGAGAUCGCGGGCGCCCGCCGGGGCCUCCUCUCAGGCUUCGCCAGCCUCCGCGCCCCGUACCGUGCCUUCCCCGUACUCGCGUCGAACCGACACGUCGAGACCAUCUUCGCUGCGCUCACGCGAUCGCUCCCCGCCGUUAAGCUGCGGCGCGAGUGCCUCCGCGCCCCUGACGACGGAGCCGUCGCGCUCGACUGGGUCUCUGGCGACGACCGUGUGCUUCCGAAUGAUGCUCCGGUGCUUAUACUCUUGCCUGGUCUUACAGGUGGAAGUGAUGAUACAUAUGUAAGGCAUAUGCUUAUGAGAGCUAGAAGCAAGGGAUGGCGUGUUGUGGUGUUUAAUAGCCGUGGAUGUGCAGAUAGUCCUGUGACUACACCCAAGUUCUAUUCUGCUUCAUUUACAGGGGAUCUCCGCCAAGUUAUUGGUCAUAUUUUAGGACGUUAUCCUCAGUCCAAUGUCUAUGCUACCGGUUGGUCUCUUGGAGCGAAUAUUCUUGUGCGCUACCUUGGCGAGGAAACUGAUAAAUGCCCUUUAUCUGGCGCGGUCUCCUUGUGCAAUCCUUUUAAUUUGGUAAUUGCAGAUGAAGAUUUCCACAAAGGAUUUAACAACGUUUAUGAUAAAGCAUUGGCUAGGGCUUUGACGACUAUAUUUAAGAAGCAUGCUCUCCUUUUCGAAGGGCUGGAGGGUGAAUAUGAUAUACCCAAGGCAGCGAAUGCAAGAACUGUUAGAGAUUUUGAUGAGGGGUUAACCCGAGUUUCAUUUGGUUUCAAGUCAGUGGAUGAUUAUUACUCCAAUUCAAGCAGCUCGGAUUCUAUCAAGGAUGUUUGCAUACCCUUACUGUGCAUACAGUAUGUGCAGGCUGAUAAUGACCCAAUUGCACCAUCCAGGGGAAUUCCUAGAGAUGAUAUCAAGGCAAAUAAGAACUGUCUACUUAUAGUAACACCACAGGGUGGCCAUCUUGGAUGGGUAGCAGGCGACGAAGCUCCAUUCGGAUGUCCUUGGACAGACCCAAUAGUGAUGGAAUAUCUAGAACAUCUCGAGAAUGAGAAGGACUCUAGUACCAAAAAUAACACAUCCUAUGAGGGUGUUUCAGAGGCAUCAGUAUCCCAUCUAACUGUGCAUGGCCAAAGAUAAUAAUAUCUCUCUUCUCAUAGUACUCAUUCGCCACAUUAUGUUUUAUAUGGAAAUAGUUUAGUAGAGUUCAUUUAGCCGUGUUGUCUGCUGCUGCCUGCUGGUUAAUUGAGUACAUGGCUCUUCGUCUACAGGUCUAGUGGUCUACACAUGUGCGAGAAGAUUUCUGUGUCAAAUAAGAUGUCUGGUUCUGAGAUCAAAAUAGAACAUGCGUUAUCCAAUUGUUCGUUCUUAGGGGGUUUCACUUUCAUCCCGUGUUUGAAAGGGAUUCUCUGUAAAUGCAUGAGCUGUUACGGAGUUGGCCUUUGUAUCCCUCUUCUGCAACGCGUGAAAGUUGAUGGCGAUGAGCACGGCAGUGCAUCAUGUAAAUUUGACAAUGUCAUUCAGCGCAAAAAAAAAAAAACCCCCCGAAAAAUGUGUUGGAAGAGUUUUUGUGUGCGCAUGCUAACAAAUAUCUCAUGUGGUAAACAUCAUCUUGGAUUAACAUAUGGCAAUGUGAUGAAAUAGUAACAGUUGUUGAAAUUUUAUAUGAUCCUACUAUUCCUUUUA